AUGCAGACGGCGGCAAUAGACGGCCUCAUCACAGACUCCGCCGCCGGGGGGUAUAACCUAGGAAUAUUAGAUCCUCGAGUACUGACACUAGUGGUGCCAUCAAGAUAUCUCCGUGAGCUGGAAGGCCGCAAGACGCAGGACGAGCACAUGCUGGAUCCCGUCGCCGCACCGCGCCGGUUGGAUGUCGAUGCCCUCCUCACACAGCCGAGCCCGAGCGCCGCGUCGUCCCGGGCCGCCUUUGGCUUGCAUCCGCGCGAUGUAGCCCACCAGAAUGAUCACCGCAAUCAAGGCCAAGACAGCAAUGGACCAACACCCUCCCUAGCUCCCGAUACCGGGCGUCUGUCAUAUCAUAGCAGCCAUGGCGGCAGCAGUGUAGAUGACAACAACAGCAUCGAGCCUUCGUUUAUGCAGAAUCCCCUCGCAGAUAACGACUACACAUUCACCAAAAUGAAGGGCAGAUUCUGGUACAUGGGGCCUUCCUCUUCGUGGUCCUUUUGCCGUCGCGUCUUGACGCUGCUCGGCCAGCACCUCCCCGACCAAGGCUACGUCGCAGACCCCGGCCACUUUGACGGUGGACACAAGCUCGUAUGGAACCCCGUGCCGUGGGAGGAGACGCCCGACGUGUCCAACCUGCCGCCGCUCGACUACGCGCUGCUCCUCUUCAACGUGGCCAAGUUUUACCUGGGCUCCAUAUUCUACCUCAUCGACGAGCAGGACUGGCUGCGCAACCUGUACGAGCUGUACGAGGACCAGUCGGCCAAGGCGGCGUCGUCGCGGCACUGGUACGCGCAGUACCUCCUCAUCCUCGCAUACGGCAAGGUCUUCAUCACCAACCAGAGCAGCGCCGAGGGCCCUACGGGCCACCAGUACGCGGCACGCGCCAUGGCCCUCAUGCCCGAUCUGUCGGGGCUCGCGACCGAUUCCAUCACGGCCGUACAAGCGCUCGUGCUCGGCGCCGUAUACUUGCAGUCGAUUGACAUGCGCGUGGGAGCGCUGCAGCACAUCUGCCACGCCAUGCGCAUCUGCAUCAUCGAGGGCUGGCAUCGCCACAUGCCCGUGGAAGUAGUGGGUGCGCAGCACUCGCAGCGCUGCAACCUCAUUUUCUGGGUCGUGUAUAAGCUGGAGCGCGAGUUUGGCUCGCUGAUGGGCGCUCCGUCGUCGAUCCGUGACGAGGAUAUCACGGCCCGCGCGCCGUCGGACCUCAACGACUGCUUCGACGCCCGCAACAUGUCGCUGCACGUGCGUCUCGCGCGCCUCGUCUCGCAGAUCCUCAACGCCAUCUACGGCGUCGGACAGCGCUUCGACGGCUCGCUCGUCACCAACACGCAGUCGGUGCUGCGCGACCUGGCGCAAAUCUCGCGCGACGUCCACGCCCUGCUCGAGUCGCACUUUCAGGGCUCCAUCAGCAAGGCGUCGCGCAUGGCCGUGCGCCUGCUGCUCUCCUACCACCACUGCGUCGUCCUCACCACCCGCCCCGUCGUCAUGUGCGCGCUGCACAUGCACAUCAAGCGCACCAACUCGGUCGUCACCGGGCCCGUCAUGCUCUCCACCCCCGUCGCCUCGCUGCUGCAGUCGUGCGUCAACUCGGCCCAGACGGUGCUGCGCAUCCUGCGCGUCAUUGGCGACGAGGAUCUGCUCGAGGCCUUUUUGCCCUUUCAGCUCGAGGACGCCUACUCGUCGGCGUUUGUGCUGUAUCUCGUCCGCACCAUCUGUCCCUUUCUCGUCCCCGACGACCUCUGGGAGGAAAACAUGCGGAGCGUCCUCGACAAGAUGAUCUCAAAGGGCAGCAUCGUCGCGCCCAUUCGCAAGAUGGAGCUCGCCCAGCUCGAGCGCUUCAUGAACGCCUUUACGCCCCCGGCACCGGCUGGUAGCAGCCAUGCUGGCCCCGGCGGCGGCGGCGGCGGCGGCGGCGGCGGUGGCUCGGACCAGAACAUGUCGGAGCACGGCCACGCGCACGACGAUAAUCUCAGCACGCCGCUGACGCCGAGCGUUGUGGCUGAUGAGCCUGGCUGGGACCUGUUUCAGACGGACACCAUGAUUGGCAUCUCGCCCGGCGAGAUGCUUGAUCUGGCGGCACAGCUGGAGCUUAAUAACCCACUGCUUUCGGCACUCCAUGAAUGA